AUGGCUUCGGAUCGAAAUCGUGUUGUAUCAGGUUCGCAUUCAUCGGAUAUUGACUCUACCCAUGAUGCAUAUCCAUCGAUUCCAGUUGUUUUUGUCCCUCAACCUGGUGGUUAUUCAUCGGAUGCAUCUGUAUUUGGCUCUCAACCUGGUGUUAAUCGAGCGAAUUUAAGAAAUGAUCUCGAAAUGUCAACUGCCGAUACAUAG